AUGUCGCUCGUCUCGGGAGAGAAGUCGAACUUCCAGUUCGUAAGUCAUCCUCUCCAGCAUCAUCUCAUCGAUAUCGAAUUCGACACCGCUGCGCUCGAAUGCGCUUGUGCCGUCCUGUUCAGCGUUAUUCUCCGUCUUUUAAACACCAAUGUUGACGGAAAGCAAAAGGUUAUGUACGCCUUGACCAAGAUCAAGGGUGUCGGUCGCCGAUACUCCAACUUGGUCUGCAAGAAGGCCGAUGUCGAUCUCAACAAGCGCGCUGGUGAGCUCACCUCUGAAGAGCUCGAGCGAAUCGUCACCAUCCUCCAAAACCCCACCCAGUACAAGAUCCCCACGUGGUUCAUCAACCGACAGCGCGAUAUCGUCGAUGGCAAGGACUCCCACAUUCUCGCCAACGGUGUCGACUCAAAGCUCCGUGAGGAUCUCGAGCGUCUCAAGAAGAUCCGCGCCCACCGUGGUCUCCGACACUACUGGGGUCUCCGUGUCCGCGGUCAGCACACCAAGACCACUGGUCGACGUGGCAGGACCGUCGGUGUCUCCAAGAAGAAGGGUGGUUAA